AUGCAUCUUCACAGUCUAAUCCGCUUGGCCGGAGCACUGGCCUGCUGUCCUGUGACGACAGCCAUACCCUACCAGGAGUACAUUCUCGCCCCCGAGUCGAGGAUCCUGCAGCCCGUGUCCGUCAAUAGUCUCAAUGGGACCGUUCGAAACGCGGACGCACUGCUGGAUGGCGGCCGUGGCAUGGCGUCACUUUAUGGCCGAAGCUCUGUUACAUGCGACUUUGGGAAGAAUAUAGGGGGACUCGUGUCAAUUGACGUCGCCGGUCUGGUCGGAGAGCCGGCAGACCCCAAAGUCGGCAUCACUUUCUCCGAGUCAUCGCAGUUCAUCAGCGCCGAGUCGAGUGACGGGCAAUCGGAUGGUGGUCGUGGGGAGAAGGUGUUUCUAAACGUCACGGAGGCAAAGGGUCGGUACACGCUCCCCAAGGACAGGAUCCGCGGCGGGUUUCGCUACCUGACGCUCUCGGUCGACUUGGAACAUGAAGAGGACAGCAUUCAGCUAUCCGGGGUUACCGUGUAUUUCACUCCCGUGCCGCAUCGAGAUCCCAGGGAUUACACGGGAUACUUCCACAGCGACGACGAGCUACUUAAUCGGAUUUGGUACGCGGGCUCGUACACCGUACAACUCAACACAAUCGAUCCCACAACCGGCGAGUCGAAUUUUGGAGGCCGCACCGCACAAGGGACAUAUACAUGGUCGCUCAACACAACCGUGUGCGAAUCCGACGCCGCGUGCCUCGUCGAUGGCGCAAAGCGAGACCGGCUCGUGUGGCCCGGCGACCUGAUGAUCCAAGCGCAGACGGUCGCCGUCUCAACGAACGACAUGGUGCCGCUACGCGACUCGAUCGAGUCGCUCUUCGUGGGCCAGCACGGGAACGGCAUGCUGCCCUAUCUCGGUUGGGACUUUCAGGGGAGAAAGCACGGCUAUGUGUCCUUUACGUACCAUCUGCACAAUUUAAUCACCCUCGCUCACUACGCGAGGUUUUCAGGGGAUACGGAGUAUUUGGCUGACAAGUGGCCGGCGUUCAAGAGAGCCAUCGAGUGGUCCCUGAGCCAUGUCGAUGCGUCCGGGUUGAUGAAUGUUACUUCGAACAGGGACUGGCUCCGAGUGGGCAUGGGCGGUCAUAAUAUUGAAGCAAACGCAAUCCUCUACUACACCCUAAAUCUCGGCUCGGAGCUCGCCCGCACUCUCAACGAUACAAUAGCCACAACGAACUGGACCGUCCACGCCGAAAGAAUCAAGCAGCAGGCAAACGCGUUACUCUGGGACGCCGAGGCAAACCUAUACACUGACAACGAGACCACGAGCCUGCACCCACAAGACGGAAACGUCUGGGCCAUCCUCUCAAAUCUGACAUACGACCACCACCAACCCUCGGCCAUCUCUUCCGCACUGCGGUCCCGAUGGGGACCUUACGGCGCACACGCCCCGGAGGCACCAGGCACAACGAUUUCACCCUUUAUAAGCGGCCUCGAGUGUGAGGCCAAUUUCCUCAUCGGGAAUGCUGUCGCGGCGCUGGACCUCAUCCGCCUCCAGUGGGGUUACAUGCUUGACGGUGAGGUGAUGACGAAUUCCACCUUUGUCGAAGGGUAUUCGACGGAUGGGAGUCUGAAUUACCAGGCUUAUAGGGAGCACUCAAGGAUAAGCCACGCUCAUGGGUGGUCGACGGCACCAACGUACCUUCUUUCGACGUAUGUUGGUGGUAUCAGGAUACUAGAGGAAGGGGGCUUGAGGUGGCGGAUGGAGCCAAUGGUCGGGGACCUGAAAAGGGUUGAGACGGGGUUUUCGACCGCAAGGGGGAGGUUCACUGUUGAUAUUAGGGCCGAUGGACUGGGGCAUAUACAGACGUCGGAGUUUUGUAGUCCUCAAUCUACGCAGGGCACGUUUUUACUACCACAGGCGGGAUGGCUGUAUCAGGGAAAAAGAAAGGUAUCCGUGCAAGCUUGGAAGCAAACGGGAAGCCUGCCUGGUGGCUGCUGGCAUUUCAAAUCUCGGGAUAGAUCAUGA